AUGUCGCGACUGCUCAACCGCCGCCGCCCUCCCGUCACAGACUCCUCCCCUGCCAGGGCCGGUCCAUCCGCAUCUCUGCCCCGCUACCAACCACCCUCGUGCCCGCUCAACGACCGUGCCCGCCGCGCGCUGGGCGAGCUGUCGGACAAUCGCGGCACGCUAUCAUACGAAACUCAUCUCAAAGACUCGGCACGCCACCUCGGGCUCAGUGUCGGCGACCUCCACGAACGUCUACGGGCGCAAAUAGACCGACUGCAGUUGCUGCAGGAGCGACGAGAACAAAAGGGCACCAGCAAGACUCCCGAGGAGGAACGCCUGGAAGCACACCUCGUCGAGCUCGAGAGGGACGUAGACGAGCUCACCCACGAAUCCGAGCAAUCCAUACGCGACGUCAUCGACCACCGAGCCGAGAUCGAAGACCAGAGCGCCCUCCUGCGAGACUUGUAUACCGCCGCUGCCACAGCGACAGCCCCCAACACGGCGCAAAGCCGCGCGCACAGAGACACGAGACAUGAACCAACAAGUGACGGAGAGCAGGAUCUCGAACAAAAGCAAGACGCAGAAGCCGUAGCCAGCACCCUCGAGGCAUUUCGCAAAGGCCGAGCCUCAAAGCAAGCCGAGUACCAACAGCUCACGGCCUAUCAACGAUACGGCGUCAACAACGACUACGCCGGCUUCAAAAAGAUCUGGCACGAUGCUGCGUCCGGCCACGAUGGUCCCCCGCUCCCCGAUGCCUCGCGUUGGUUCCGCCCCGACGGACGACCGGUAAUGACCCGCCCGGGGGCAAACACUCGCCGUAGCACCGCCGGCCCAGCCGGCGAUGACGAUGACAUUGCCGUUGCGAGGGAGGUUCUCAGUCUAAACUGUCCCCUUUCACUGCGGCAAAUGGAGGAGCCGUACAGCAAUGUCAAGUGCAAGCAUACGUUUGAUAAGUCAGCCAUAUGGGAUUACUUGUCCACCGCCAGGGGGGAAGUUCAGUGUCCACAGACAGGGUGUUGCCAGAAGUUCUCCAAGGCCAGUUUUCAGCAGGAGUUUUAUCUUGACGAAGCUAUCCUGCGGCGUAUCCAGCGCGUCAUGCACACUCAGCGCUCGCUCAAUGAUAUGGACGUCGAGGAUGACGAAGAUGCUGACCAGGAUGCCUCACUGGUGCUUGGGCAGGAGAGAAGAGUGCCUGGGAGAACACCCAAGACGGAGAGGUUAUAA